CUUCAUAUCUGCUGCCUAGAUUUUGCUCAGCUUCAGCAAACUAACUAGCAUCAUCAUUGUCCUCCUCCAUCUCUUACCUUCAUCCUCUUCCCUGGCAACCCAAUGAGAUUCAAUGCUAAGGAUCUGGCUUCGCUGGCCAGGCGACCAUCAGGUUGUUUUGACAAGGAAGGAAAACUGAAGAUUUGCAGAGUGGUCGGGGAUGAAAAAUUAAUAGAACCGAGAGAGAGAUGGUGCCGACUGAAAGGAAAUCUGCUUUUUCUAAUGAAAAAUAAGAGUUCUGAAGCCUCUGAAGUGGUAAUCCUGGAGCGCUGCUGGAUUGUGGAGUUCAGGAGUAAAACAGAUGUUUCAAUAGUUCUCAAGUUUCAGAGCGGAGAACCGGAUCUUUACCUUGAAGCUGCAUCAAAGCCAGAGUGCGAAUCUUGGGCUGUGGCACUGGGAGAGGCAAACUCGGAAGGUUUGCAGAAUAAAAUUCAGCAGCUCCGGAGGCUGAUCAUGGAAAUCAAAGAGGAGAGAUCAUCAGAUGAAGCACGGCAGUUUCUCCCUUCAUCCCAAGUAGACAGUCUAGGAGAGCCACAGUUCACGAGUAUUCAGAGAAUUGCAAAUGAGCCAAAGCUGGAGUUCAGUCUUGCAUGCAAGGAUCUAGUGGCUGCUACCCGUGAUCGGAAGCUGAAUACGUUUAUACAAGUCUCAGUCGUACAUCCAGCAGAGCACAUUUUGACGAGGUAUUCAAGCACUGAAAUCGUGGAGGGUACAAGAGAUCCGCUGUUUUUGACUGGUGUGACAUUCCCACCGGAAUACCCCAUCUAUGAGGAGACUAAAAUAAAACUAACAGUCUAUGAUGUCAAAGAUAAAUCUCAAGACACGGUCCGCACCAGUGUCCUACCUGAUCACAAGGAGCCAAGAGCAGAUGUUGGACGAAGCUUCCUGGGCUGUACAACUUUUAGAGUAGGAGACUUGGUAAAGUCAAAGGAGCAACAGUUGACCCUUACCCUCAGGACUUCUGAUGGUGGAAAGACAGUUGGUACCAUUGAAGUCAAUCUUGUGAAGAUGGGAGAGCUAGAGGAUGGGGAAACGGACCACAUCACAACAGACACCCAGGAUCAGAAGUUCCUCUGUUUUCUGCCCUUGAAGUCCCGUUCACGUGGAUUUUUAUGUGCAACCUGUGCCCACAAUACUGAAAACCUGGAAAAAAUGACAGACAGGCAAGCCAAAGAAGAGUGUGCAUUGGUUCGUGAAUGUACAGCCACCGAAGGCAUAAGUGGUAAAGACAACUUGCCUUCAUUAAAUGCAGUGUUAAAAAACCCGAUCUGUAAGUUAUAUAGAUUCCCUACUUCUGACAACAAGUGGAUGCGGAUCCGGGAACAGAUGGCUGAGACCAACCUCUCUUUCCAUGUUCCUAAAGAACUGAUCAAUCUGCACAUAAAGGAGGAUAUGAGAAGGAAUCAGGAACUUAAAGACUUGGGAGAACUUGCUCCUCACUGGGACAAUAUGCGCAAAAGUGUUAUUGCUCACUGUGAUCAGAUGUUGAGCAUGUACCAGGAUACUCUUGCAGAGCUGGGGAAGCAUACAGGUUCUUCCUUCAAAUCAAGCUGUAGCAAAGGAGAAAAAACACUAGAAUUCAUCCCAAUAAAUCUUCAUCUGCAAAGAAUGCACGUGCACAGUCCUCGAUUGAAAGAUGCUCUGUAUGAUGUCAUCACCGUGGGAGCGCCAGCAGCGCAUUUCCAAGGAUUUAAGAAUGGUGGUCUCCGAAAACUGCUGAGUAAAUUUGAGGCAGAAAGACGAAAUACUGGGUACCAGUGUAUUUACUAUUCACCUGAAAACACAGCCAAGGCAAAAGAAGUUCUCAGCAACAUCAAUCAUCUACAACCUCUCAUAUCAAGCCAUGCAGACCUACUGCUUAAUUCUGCAAGCCAGCAUUCUCCAGACAGCUUGAAGAAUUCUUUAAAGAUGCUUUCAGAAAAAACAGAGCUAUUUGUGCAUGCGUUUAAGGAUCAGCUGGUCAGAAAUGCCCUUCUAGCGCUAUACACAGCCCGGCCUGGCUGUGUCCUCAAGAAACCAGCUGUGCCUAGAAACAGUGCAGAAGAGGGGGGUGAUUUACAGCAUCAGGAUCAUCCUUCUCAGAUUAAAAGACAGGACUCUAUACCCCAUCAUUCUGAGUAUGAUGAGGAAGAGUGGGACAGGGUGUGGGCCAAUGUGGGAAAGAGUUUAAACUGCGUUAUUGCCAUGGUGGACAGACUGCUUGAAAAAGACAACAUCAGCAACAUUAAAGAGGGUGAAAAUGACCCUUCAGCAGCAGAUUGCAAGGUGUUGCAUACAGGUGGUGACUGGUAUGAACAGCUUUAUCCCCUGGUGAUUACGCUGAAGGACUGCAUGGGAGAGGUGGUGACCAGGGCAAAGCAAUCGAUGGCGUUUGUUCUGCUCCAGGAACUUGCCUGUGGUUUGCCACAAUGUUUGAUGCUGACCCUAAGAAGAGACAUCGUCUUUAGUCAAGCACUCGCUGGAUUGGUCUGUGGGUUUAUAAUCAAAUUGCACACAGGUUUACGUGAUCAAGGCUUUUUACAACAGCUUCAUACUGUUGGAUUGCUUGUGCAAUAUGAAGGACUCCUUAGUACGUAUAGUGAAGAAGCGGGGAUGCUAGAAGACAUGGCUGUGGGCAUUUCAGAUUUGCAGAAAGUGAUGUUUAAAGUCAUUGAAGCCAAAUCAGAAGAUUUUUUGCCUAUUAUAACUGGAAGGCGUGAACAUUACAUUAUAGAGGUCCAGCUUCCAGCAAAGAUGUUUGAGUUGCUGCCACAAGAGAUUAAAGAAGGAAAGCUACUUCGCAUGUAUCCAGUACUCUUUAAUGUUGGAAUCAAUGAACAGCAAACACUUGCAGAGAGGUUCGGAGAUACCACUUUGCAGGAAAACAUUAACCAGGAAAACUUAGAACUUCUAAAAGAAUAUUACAAGCUGUUUACGGAAAAAAUGCCUCCUGAUUGUCUACCACAUUUUCAAGAACAAAAUGAUUUAAAGGGAUUGCUAGAAAAUCUCCAUCAAAAUAUCCAGGCCAAAAAGAGAAAGAAUGUAGAAAUCAUGUGGCUGGCUGCGACGAUUUGCCGUAAGCUGAAUGGAGUCCGUUUCACCUGUUGCAAAAGUGCCAAAGACCGGACGUCCAUGUCAGUGACGCUGGAGCAGUGCUCCAUCUUGAGGGACGAGCAUCAGCUUCACAAAGACUUCUUUAUUCGGGCGCUGGAUUGUAUGAGAAGAGAAGGAUGCCGCAUAGAGAAUGUACUGAAGAAUGUCAAAUGCAGAAAGUAUGCAUUCAACAUGAUACAGCUGAUGGCUUUCCCAAAGUACUACAGACCUCCAGAAGGGACAUAUGGAAAAGCUGACACCUAAGUUUAACAAAAGUGUAAUCAGGAACAUACAUCACGCUAAUUAGUGAAUAUAAAAAUCACUGUUUAUGAC